AUGAGACCGUUAUUGCAUGGUUAUCGUACCUGCAUCCACCCGAACCCCGUGCGGCAGGCAGGAUCAGUACCCCGUUUUACAGCGGGCAGCUGCAGCCCCCACUCCCUCCUUCCCCUCCACCAGCUGGUGGGCCAGCCGGCCGUGCACCUGAAGCGUGACUUCUUCCUGGCCAACUCGUCUCGGGCCCGAUCAGAGCAGUUCAUCAACCUGCGGGAGGUCAGCACCCGCUUCCGCCUGCCGCCCGGGGAGUACGUGGUGGUGCCCUCCACCUUCGAGCCCAACAAGGAGGGCGACUUUGUGCUGCGCUUCUUUUCGGAGAAGAGCGCCGGGACCGAGGAGCUGGACGACCAGGUCCAGGCCAAUCUUCCUGACGAGGUACGUGUCCUGCCCCCCACCCCCACCCCGCCUUGCUCCUCUCCUCCGCCCGGGGGUGUGAUGGGCCCUGGGCGUCCCGUGUGCCCGGGCGCCGGCCCCUUGGUCUUCGUGGGAUCCUGUCCCACCUGGUGGCACUGCCCCGGGCCGGGCCCAGGGAGCUCGCUGGGCCGGGCGCUGGAACUGCUUUUUCUUGCAGACAAAGACCUGCGGACCAAGGGCUUCAGCCUGGAGUCCUGCCGCAGCAUGGUCAACCUCAUGGACCGGGACGGCAACGGGAAGCUGGGCCUAGUGGAGUUCAACAUCCUGUGGAACCGCAUCCGGAAUUACCUGUCCAUCUUCCGGAAGUUUGACUUGGACAAGUCGGGCAGCAUGAGCGCCUACGAGAUGCGGAUGGCCAUCGAGUCUGCAGGUGAGGCUGGGGCACCUGUGGGGCCCCAGGCCGAUGGCCCCAGGCUGCCUCCCUGACAAUUGGCCCUUGUCCCUGUG